AUGCCGCAAAACAGUACGAAUGAUAUAGAGAUUCGAGCAGAGGACAUAGCUCGUCUCUUAGACAAAGCAAAAAAACUAAUAGCGAAGAAAUGGUCGCGGAUGAGCAAGCGUUGGCAGCUAACAGGCUGUUUAGCAAUCCUCCUUGUCAUCACCGGCAUAAUCGUGAUGUCAAAUAUUCACCACGUAUCCAUACCACACCUACGACUUGAAUACGACCAAAACCAAUCAUCAUCAUCCGAAAAUCCCAUCCCAGCCCUAUCCUCAACAAUACCAUCCUCAUUUAGUCCUCAAAAUGCCCCCUUCAACGCUUCCAAGGUAGCCCUGUUAAUCGAGAACCGGGCCCUGCCGAACCUCGCACCUCUGCUCCUGCACUUCAUCGCCGUGGUGCCGCCAGACUGGCGCUUCCGCUUCAUGGGGUCCUCAGAGUCCGUAUCCUCCUUGAAUGCCUCGCAUGCCGUGCGGUCGCAAGUAGCCACCGGCAAGCUGGACUUGACGUUCAUCCCGACGAACAUGAGUACCAGUGGCGGCGAGAUGAUUUCACGAUUCCUCACGAACCUGUGGGUGUACGAGACGCUGCUUCACCCGGCUGAGUGGCUUCUCGUGUUUCAGUCGGAUAGCAUUCUCUGUGCCAACUCGCGGCAGAACCUCAAUGAUUUCCUCGAGUACGACUGGGUUGGCGCGCCGUGGAAUCCCAACGGCCGGUUUGGAGGAAAUGGAGGCUUAUCGUUGAGGAGGGUUAGUGCCAUUAUUGAGGUCCUUCGCAAUCAAGUGCGCGUUGAUGGCUCAGAGCCUGAAGACGUCUGGCUCACAGAGCGCCUAGGUCAUAGGCCAGGCUCCCGCAUGGCAAAUGGAUCGCUUUCACUUACCUUCAGCGGCGAGAUGAACCAGGGUGAACAAGUCCAAGCUCACCGGCCAGUGAGCACAGCGGUUUCCACAGGGACGUCAUCCCCGUCUGCGACGAGCAUGGAAGAAGACUAUUACAUUGAAGGAGUAGACGACUGGCGCGAUGGUUUCUACGAGCCCAUGGGCUACCACACCGGCAGCAGCGGCACGAUGCUUCACGCGGGUGUCUGGGGUGACCCUCGCCUGCGCCGACAUAUCUGGGACUAUUGCCCCGAAGUCAAGAUGACGCUAGCCAUGGACGCGGCUAAGUACGUGCCGGGGGAUUGCAACGCGAGCUGGAAGCGAGGAAACGGGGGCAUAAAUGGAGACCCUAUGGGUGUUGAGGAUCUAGGGUACGACAAUGAGGAGAUCGAUCCAUAUCCAAUGUUACCACCAAACCUGGUACCAUGGUAG